ACCGCAGAUAUUCGUGGUCCGGUGCUACUGUGAUUCCAGUUGUUUUCACAUCCCCUCACUAACAAAGAGACUCAGAGCUGCUGUCUCUUACAUCUCCGAGUAAAUGCGGUAAGUGGUGAUGCGCAACUAACGAUUGACGCUCCUGUACAUCGAGGCGACAACGAAGUGAUAAAGAGCAUAAAGACACCUUGCUCUGAAGAAGAUACAUUAGGGGAGAGUUUGAAAAGUUUCAGAUUGAUUUAACUGAACUUAAAGAGCGAAAAUGGUGUCGGCCGGACUGGAGAUCCUGGGACUAUCGAUGUGCGUAAUUGGCUCGUUCCUGGUGAUGGUUUCGUGCGGGCUGCCCAUGUGGAAGGUGACGGCUUUCAUCGAAGCCAACAUCGUGGUGGCUCAGACAAUGUGGGACGGCUUGUGGAUGUCGUGCGUGGUGCAGAGUACGGGCCUAAUACAGUGCAAGAUGCACAACUCCGUCCUCGCCCUUACCCACGACCUGCAGGCGGCCAGAGCGCUCACGGUCAUCUCCUCGGUGAUGGGCGUGCUGGGGCUCAUGGUUGUGAUUGUGGGGGCGCAGUGCACCAACUGUAUCCGCAGUGAAUACGUCAAAGCCCGGGUAGUGAACGCCGGAGGGGCCACCUUCAUCAUCAGUGGUGUGUUUGUGCUGGUGCCUCUCUGCUGGAUGGCCAACAGCAUCAUAUCGGACUUUUACAACCCGCAGGUGCCCGCAUCCAAGAAGAGGGAGAUCGGCGCUGCGCUCUACAUCGGCUGGGCGGCCUCAGCGCUGCUGCUGAUCGGAGGAUCGCUGCUGUGCUGCUCCUGUCCCUCCAGCGGCAACUCUGGAUACUCGGUAAAAUACGCACCGACCAAGAGAGCCACGCCGAACGGAGACUAUGACAAGAGGAAUUAUGUGUAGCUCAUAGCUGGCGGUGCGUAAAAGUGACCUGCAGCUUUUGAAAAACUGCUUUUGACGGACGUUAUCUUUGCACCUGCAGUUUUAUUUUUAGAAAUCUGAACUCUGAAAAUCAAUGGAAGCACAUCUGCUGUUUUUACAACCGCAAAUUCACAAAUCCCUUUUUGUAUCUACAGGAGAUUUAAAAAAAAAAAAAGACUAAAGGAGUAUCUUUGUUAGGUACCUGCUUUUGUAAAUCUUCAAAUGAUUAGUAUUUUGAACUGUUUACCGUUGUAGCUGCAAAGUUUUUCUUUUCUAGAGGAACUCUUGCCAUUGAAUAUUUACACUGUUCUUUUGCCUUGAUGUGCAUUGUCAGCACAAACUUGUACAGAAACUGAGAAUGAUUGCACUCCCACACAUUCAAAGACCCAUUUCCUUCAGUGGAACUACGCCGACAUGUUGAGGACUCAAAGCAAUGUCUAAUAGCGAUAAAGAACGAAGAAGAAAGGUGUACAUAUGUUAAAGCACCAAUAAAUCCCACACAGGCUUUUGUCUUGUUCAGAAGUUGAUGGCGGUGACUCUGAAGUUUGCGGUCUAAUUUUGGACUUGUAGAUUUCGGGGAGCCUGGGAUCUGUAGGUCACAACAUGAAAUGUUACAGUCCGUUAUUCGGCUGCAUUCAACACCUGCACCGUUUUUUGCCUCAUUGUCACUGCAGGCAGUCUUUUCUUUUCAGAAAUUCUAGGAAUAAACUUUGUUUUCUGUUGGUUGGUUUAUGUAAUGAUUUCAUUGUAUAUGAAGAUGCAAUAUUGUGUCAUUUUAUUAAGAUUAAACUGAAUAUAUUGUCUGAAA